AUGGGAGUAAUUUCUGGUAGUUGGAUAUCUAUCUAUCUAUCUAUCUAUCUAUCUAUCUAUCUCUCUAUAUAUAUCUUACUUAUUAUAAAACGCAGCCUAUUUAUUAUCUAUGUAUUUAUCUCUCUUUUUUGCUAUCGAUCUAACUACGUCUCUUCAUCUAUCUAUCUAUCUAUCUAUCUAUCUAUCUAUCUAUCUAUCUAUCUAUCUAUCUAUCUAUGCACAUCUGUUCUUACCUCUCUUUUAGUGUCUCUCUUGUCCCUUCUCUAUAAUCCAUUUAUCUAUCUAUCGUUGUUCCUAUCGAUAUAUCUCCCUCUCUUCACCUAUCUAUCUAUCUAUCUAUCUAUCUAUCUAUCUAUCUAUCUAUCUAUCUAUCUAUCUCCCUUUGUCGUUAUAGAUAUAUCUAUUUUUCUUCAUCUAUCUCUCUAUCUAUAUAUAUGUCAAUCGAUUGAUCUAUCUAUUAUUUAUCAUGUCUUCCUUUCUUUCUGGUCUACCCAUUCCGUUUUUGCCUCCCAUUCCUUAGGCUUCCCUCCUUUAUUCAUCUUUCUUAUUUUUCUCUUCUCCUCAAUCCCUUGUCUGUUAAUGUUAAACAAAAUUCUCCUUCCAUUUUUCUCCGCAGGGCUACAAUCGUCAUGUUGGCGCCGAAAUUGA